AAAACCCCAUUCUCUUUCCUCUCUCUCCCCCUCUCCCUCUUUUUCAUGCUGAUCUUCAAAUCUUUCUCCAUAUGCUCAUCUCCCUUAAAAUCCAUGGAAGAAAUGUGGAACGACAUCAACCUUUCCUCACUCCACCACCCUCACCGUUCAAGUUCCACUACCACCACAGCCCAAACCUUCCAUUUCCAAGAUUUAUUCUCCAAACCUCUCCUUUCCUACAAAGACCAACCACCACCAAACGACGUGUCGUCCGCCGGCGACACCAUUUCUUUCGGAUUCGGUUCUCUGUCCCAACAACGUACCUCACUAAGCUUGAAUUCCGAUUCCGAGUUGGGUUUCAAGUUCCUCGAAACUAGUGCUUUUCUUGUCAAAAAACCUGCUUUGGAUUCUCCUGCUUGUGACAAGAAAAGGGUCCAACAAAAUAGCGAUGAUUCUAGUGAAGUGAAACGGAAGCGCUUGAUGAAGAACAGAGAAUCAGCUGCUCGGUCAAGAGCCCGAAAGCAGGCUUAUACAAAUGAGUUAGAACAUAAAGUUGCUCAUUUGCGGAAAGAGAAUGCUAGGAUCAAAAACCAACUAACACAGUUCUACUUGGCAGCCCCAACGGCGUUGGAGGUUCCAAAAAAGCGUACUUUGUAUAGAACCUUAACUGCUCCAUUUUGAGUAGUAGUAGUAGUGGUGAGAAGAAAGACACCAACUUCACUAGAGUGGGUUUAAAGAUGAGCUGCUGGCCACUGGAUUUUGCUCUCUCUCUCUUGAUUUUUUUUUUCUUUCUAUUUUUAGUUUUUUCUCCGCUUGCCAAAAUUUUCUCUUAAAGAUAAGACAAGUGGUCCGAAAAGGUGGACAAGUUGGGUAUACUUUA